CAGCCGUGUCGGACCAGGAUCCAAGUGCAAGUCUAAAACCAAGCAGGCAUCAACACAUCCAAGAAAAGUUGGAAUUUCACAGUUACACCGAACUUUCUGGAUAAGUCAACUCACGAACAUAACCAAUAGGAAGGUUUUAAUCUCCUAGUGAGAUUAAAAUAAGAGGUGUCCUGUGUUUGAGAGUCCCAUUGGAAUCUGCUGCACAGAAGCUGACCGUUCGGCCCGUCUUUUCUGCAGCCGCUACCCAUUUUUGGCUCACUUCUCUUGCUCUUGCAAAUCCACCAGUGCGUCUCUCCACGAAGUUUCUGCUUCCAGUGUAACGGUAUCGCAGAGGCAGCGGGUUCCUGGCUGUGGGAGGACAGCCUGGCUGGAGCUCACUGCUGAGCGUGUUCCCACUCCCCCGGCAGGAGCGGAGCCUCUGGGGAGCCCAGUGCCCGGGAAAGGGGAGCCGUGACACAGGCGCUUGGAAAACUGUGGGGAAACCAUCUCUGCGUCACUUUGAGAAUGAUUUGGCUGGGCUGUGUGUGUUAAGGGUGACAAAUUUGAGAAACCGUUUCAGAGAAAGGAUUUCUCCCCGUUAACCCCGACUAUGGAAUGACAAAAUGCCUCCUCGCAUCUCAGGAACGACCUGGUGGAUUUUCACGCUUAGCGCACGACUUUGAAAGUGAUGACUCUGCCACUCUCUGCAGCGGACUGAUGCACCAUGCCCAUCAUUUCCCGGAGCAGCGACAACGACUACAGCAACCUGAGCGACACGUCCUGCAGUUCCCUGAGCCACGUUGCCCCGGCAAGUCAGUCGGAGGCGCCCCCGGCCAAGGGAGCCUUCUACCAGCGAUGCAGGCGGAUCCAGCCGCGGGCAGGGCUCGGCGACACUCCCCAGCAGCACCUCAUCGUCAACGUGGGGGGCAGCAGGUACCUGUUGCCCUGGAGUACCCUGGACGCGUUCCCUCUCACACGCCUGGGCCGGCUGAGGUCUUGCCGCAGCCGGGAGGAAAUCGCGCAGGUCUGCGACGAUUACGACGAGCGCUCCCGCGAGUUCUUCUUCGACCGGAGCCCGUGCGCCUUCCGCAUGAUCCUGACCUUCCUGUCCGCCGGCAAGCUGCGCCUCCUCAGGGAGAUGUGCGCCCUGUCCUUCCAGGAGGAGCUGCUGUACUGGGGGCUGGAGGAGGGUCAGCUGGAGUGGUGCUGCCGCAGGAAGCUGCUGCUCAAGGUGCGGGAGCUGGCUGAAAUCCGAAGGGCCGGGGAACUGGAGGCGGACGAGGAGAGCGCCAGUGCCCUGGGCGAGAACACCAAACUGGGACACUGCAUGGACAAACUGAGAGACAUGGUGGAAAACCCCCAGUCAGGACUUCCUGGGAAAGUGUUUGCCUGCCUGUCCAUUAUAUUUGUCACUAUAACUGUCAUUAGCAUCUGCAUCAGUACAAUGCCAGAGCUGAGGACAGGAGAAGAAAGAGACAAAUGUUCCCAGAGAUGCUAUAACAUGUUUAUAAUAGAAACCAUCUGUGUGGCCUGGUUCUCCUUGGAAUUUGUCCUUCGGUUUAUCCAGGCACGAAGCAAAUGGCAGUUUCUGAGAGGCCCUUUGAACAUUAUUGACAUUUUGGCGAUCCUUCCGUAUUAUGUUGCACUUGUGAUUGACAAAGGACCUGCUGAUAGCAACAAAACUUCGGGAAGUAACAUCUAUUUGGAAAAGUUAGGCCUGGUCCUCCGAAUAUUGCGCGCCUUGAGAAUUCUGUAUGUCAUGCGUCUUGCCAGGCACUCCCUAGGACUUCAGACUUUGGGUCUUACAGUCCAUCGCAGCAUUCGUGAAUUUGGACUACUGCUCCUUUUUCUUUGUGUGUCGGUCACACUAUUUGCACCAUUGGUAUUCCUUGCAGAGAAUGAGAUGGGCAAAGGACAAGACUUCAGCAGUAUUCCUGCAUCUUACUGGUGGGCUAUCAUUUCCAUGACCACAGUUGGAUAUGGUGACAUGGUACCUCGAACAAUUCCUGGUCAAGUGAUAGCUCUGAGUAGCAUCCUUAGUGGGAUCUUAAUUAUGGCAUUUCCUGCCACAUCCAUUUUUCAUGCAUUUUCCCGUGCAUAUUUGGAGCUUAAACAAGAACAAGAUAGAGCACAAGCCCGUCUGAAGUACAUCCAAAAGGCAGCAAAGCAGGCAGAAAAUGAAGAAUUAAGUGACACAAACAAUGCUUCUGCAGACCCAGAUUGUUAAUGCAUUUAAUGAUG